CAGCAGCAGACGGCUGGCCGUGUUUGUAGUUGAGAAAGUCUUUGCGUACGUGUGGUUGACGCUCACCGCUAUUGACUGUCGGGGCAAGAUGUUUUCCAUGUUGAGGAAGUUGCUGUUUCUAUUACUGCUAGUAUUACCGGCCGUCAUUACCAUCACCAACGAAGGUAAUUUAGUGGCUUAUGCUCAAGAGGAUGAAGUUGAAAGCGAGGAAGAUGACAUCAUUGAAGAUGACGAUGAAGUGAAUGUUGCUGAUGGAACUGGAGUAGAAGUUGAAACAACGGAAGGGGAAGAAGAGGAAGAGGAGGAGGAGGAAGAAGCAAAAGGUUCACCCGAUGCUGAUACCAUCAUUCUCUUUACAAAACCCACUGGCACUGGAGCAGAACUUCCUGCUGGUAAGCUUGUCGAGUUCCUAGUUGGCUUCACAAACAAUGGCGACAAAGACUUCGUUUUGGAUGCUAUUGAUGCUUCCUUCCGUUAUCCCAUGGACUUCUCAUUUUACAUCCAGAACUUCACUGCCAUCCCUUACAAUAGGGCUGUCAAACCUCGUCAGGAAGCUACUGUUAUGUACAGUUUCUUCCCAGCUGAAGCUUUCGCUGGACGUCCUUUGGGAUUGACCAUCAACUUAGCAUAUCAUGAUGCUGAUGGCAAUAUAUUUGUGGAACCAGUGUUCAACCAGACAGUCAAUAUUAUUGAAAUUGAUGAGGGUAUGGAUGGAGAAACCUUCUUCCUGUAUGUGUUCAUGUUGGCCUUUGCUGUUUUGUUGCUCGUUGCUGGUCAUCACUUUCUCUCCUCAUUUGGACGCAAGAAGGCAAGCAAGAAGCCUCUCAUGGAGAUGGGUACCAACAAAAAGGAUGGAGUCGACUAUGACUGGCUUCCCAAGGAGGUCCUGGAUGACCUCAAGAAGACCCCACGUCAGUCACCACAGCAACGAAAGACCAAGCGUAUCGCUAGUUCUAAGUAAACCUUCAGAGGUAACUCCUGAAGAUACUCAGCUUCCAAGUCCAGAAUUAUGUGAUAUCUGCCAGGCAGGUCUGGACAGUCGUCAGAGCAGUGCAGAACAGCGUGAAAGCCAUGUUAUGCUUAAUCUGAAGGAGUUGAAUGAAGAAUCAUCAUUCCUCAUUUUUGUUAUCUGUGAUGGUGAAAAGAAAAAUUUGUUGAUUGUGGUUAGAUUUGAGAUUUUUAUAACACCAUUCAUAUGCAACUGUGUAAGUGUGUCGGCAUUGGCUGUAAUCCAUAUUUAUAGUCCUACCUCUGUUCAAACAACUAAACGAGAAGCCCCCAAAGUUCUUUUCAGACAUGAUGACAUUGUGGGUAAGGCUCACAUGGGAAAUUUGUUAACAUUGCCAUAGUGUCAGUAUGCCUGAAAACUGCUUUGGGGGCCAACAGUUAAGAAAUGCUUGGUUGUGGUC